UCAGCCUCCGAGACCCGCGGUGACAUUCCUGUAGGCGCCGCGGGCAGGCCAGCUUCUCCUUCCUGGACCUGGGGGCGCCGCUCAGAAAAGCGGUCGCAGUGUGCAGAGUCACCGCCUGCGCUGGUCCCCCUGGGCUGCCCAUCGCGGCCCCGCGCUCACUGGAAGGCGAGAGACCUGUCCUCCAGAAUGGGCUACUUCUCGGUGGAGCCGCUCAGCCUCCCAGGCCUGGCGGUGGCGGUAGCUCUGUUACUCUUUGCCCUGUGCCUGCGCUCCAGGCGCAUCAGGAGACCUGGUGAGCCUCCAUUGAUAAAAGGCUGGCUUCCUUAUUUUGGAGUGGCCCUCAACUUACAAAAAGAUCCCUUAGGGUACAUGAAAUUUCUCCAAAAGCAACAUGGUGACAUAUUCACUAUUCUCCUUGGAGGGAACUACAUAACAUUUAUUUUGGACCCUUUCCAGUACCCAUUGGUAAUGAAAAAUCACAAACAAUUAAGCUUCGAUAUAUUUUCUAGAAAACUUUCAGAGAAAGCAUUCUCCAUCAAGACGUCCAUGAGAAAUGAAGAUCUAGCUCAUGACCUUCAUGUUGCCUAUCAACUUUUGCAAGGCAAAUCUUUGGACAUACUCUUGGAAAACAUGUUGCAGGAUCUAAAACAAAUGUUUGAGCCCAAACUAUUAAAAACCACAAAUUGGAACACAGCACAAAUGUUAACCUUCUGCCGCUCAAUAAUAUUUGAGGUCACGUUUACAGCCAUAUAUGGAAAAAUUCCUGCUGAAGACAAGGAAAAGAUUAUCAGUGAGAUGAAAGAUGAUCUUUUUAAAUAUGAUGACAAGUUCACAUACUUAAUUUCUGACAUACCCAUUGAGCUUCUAGGAAAUGUCAAGGCUCUGCAGAAGAAACUGAUAAAUUACCUGACAUCAGAAAACUUAGCAAAGACACAAGAAAAGUCAGAAAUUGUGCAAAGGAGGCAAGAAAUCCUGGAGCAAUAUUUGGUUCAGGACCUUGAAAUAGGAGCACAUCAUUUUGGCUUUCUCUGGGCCUCUGUGACAAACACGAUUCCAGCCAUGUUCUGGGCAAUGUAUUAUCUUCUCCGGCACCCAGAAGCUGUGGAAGCACUGCGUGACGAAAUUGACUCUUUGCUGCAGUCAACAGGUCAAAAGAAAGGAUCUGGAUUUUCUAUCCACCUCACCAGAGAACAAUUGGACAGCCUGGUCUGCCUAGAUAGCAUCAUUCUUGAGGUUUUGCGGCUACACUCGUAUUCCAGCAGCAUUCGUUUUGUGCAAGAGGAUUUCACUCUCAGUUCAGAGAACGGCAACUACUGCCUGCGAAAGGGAGACCUGAUUGCCCUCUUUCCUCCAGUCCUACAUGGUGAUCCUGAAAUCUUUGAAGCUCCAGAGGAGUUUAGAUUUGAUCGUUUUAUUGAAGAUGGUAAGAAGAAAACCACCUUUUUCAAAGGAGGCAAAAAACUGAAGUUUUUCAUAAUGCCGUUUGGAUUUGGUACCAGCAAAUGUCCAGGUCGAUAUUUGGCAGUUAUUGAAAUAAAACUAUUGUUGAUUGUAUUUGUAACUUAUUUUGAUUUAGAGAUAAUUGACAAAAAGCCUAUUGGACUAGACCACAGCCGCUUAAUGAUUGGUGUUCAGCAUCCAGAAUCUGAUGUUUUAUUUAGGUACAGGGCAAAAUCUUAGAGAAACCAAAAAAAAAAAAAGAAAAAGAAAUCUAUCUAAAUGAACCUAAACAUCCUAAGCUUAUCUGUUUGUUUAAUUUCUGCAAAUGCAAUUGCUAAUGUUUAUUUAAGAAGUACCAAUUUAUAUUUGAUCUGAGAUUGGUCCAGUUUGUGUUUGAUUGCAAAGUCUAUCAAAAAAUAAAACAGAAUGAUAUCAUAAAAUGGACAUCAAAAUCAACUUCGUGAUAAGUUCAAAAUAGCUUGUUUUUACUUUUUACUUAUUGUGAUUUUCACCCGUUAUAGUGAGUUUACCUUCACAGCACCUAGUUUGGCAGUGUGGGGUUUUUUUUUUUUUAAUCACUUAACUUAUUUGCUAAUAUGUAAGAGUACAUUUUAUGUUCCACUGAAAAAUUGUACUGGAAAUGGACACAGUCUAACAAAUUCCAAAUUCUCAGAGAACAAGGAAAUUAAAUUUCCAUGAGCUACACUGGAUGAAAAUGUUCCCUUCAAGUGUAAUAUCAAUAAUAUCUAUAUUGCCAGGGUACGUUUGCAUUAAAUGAGUUUUGCAGUAGAUUAAAUGCUUCAACUUCACUUCAAUAUUUAAUCAUCCAUAAAUGCUCUUUUAUUACUUUGUAUACUAUGUCUCAAUAGAACAAAAUUCCCUGUUAUGUAAGACCUCUCAUGUUCAAGUUAGAUACUGAUAAGAUUAAAUGUAUAAGAAAACACAAAACCUAUUUUAUAUUCAGAAAUUGCCCUAGACAUUAGUAUUAGGUUUUUUAUAGGCACAAAUGUUGAAAUCAUUACAGCAUUAUUGCAGCAUUUGGCCUUUGUAUAAACUCCAGGGGCUACGCCAACAUUGCAAUGAACUUUUCUUAAUUACAGAAACAGAGAAACUAAAUACUAGUAUUUGUUCUUGACAUCUCACUUUUUUUACUUGUAAUCUUUUAAAUUAUAACAUUAUAUAAUGCAGUAUAAUUUCAUGGCACAAUGCAACAUCAUCUCAUCAAUUCAAAGAUUUCUAAUAUCAGAUUACCAAGUAGUUGACAUUUGACCUAAAGAAUGAACCAAUGUAUAAACAGUCAAUACAGGUAAUUAAGCUCAGUUAAUUCAUGCUGCAUUAAUUAUAAAAUCCAAUAGUUCAGAAAUUUUCUAUUUUUAAAUAAGAAAUUUAUUUUUAAAUAAAAUAAAAUGCUUGUUAUACUUAAUAAACAAACAUGAUUAUCUAACAUUUUCUCCUUUUAUAAUUACAUGCUCUGAAUGUUUCUUUAUUGAAAAUCUAAUGCCAUGAAGUUUGGUUUUGCUUGGAUGAGGAUGUGUUUAUUUUCACCUUUAUUCUUUUUUCUUAUUUUCUUGAAAAUGACCAUUUGUAACUGUGUAAGUUUAUGGGAUACAAAAUGAUGUUACGACUUUGAAUACAACAUAGGAUAAUUAAAUCAAGACAGAUAACAUAUCCAUUACCUCAGAUACUCAACAAUUUUUUGUACUAAGAAUAUUUGUAUUGUAUUCUCUUAGCAAUUUUGAAACAUAUGAGAUACUCUUUUAUUAACUAUAUUUAUCACACUGUGCAAUAGAUUUCAAAAAGAAAAAGUAUUCCCACUAGCUGAGAUUUUGCAGCCUUUGAUCAUUGUCUCCCCAUUCUCCCCACCCUCAGCCUCUGUAGCUACAAUUCUAUUCUCUGCUUCUGUGAGUUUGAUUAUUUUAGAUUCUCUAUAUAAGUGAGAACAUGUGGUAUUUGUCUUUCUAUGCCUGGCUUUAUUUCACUUAGCAUAAGGUUCUUCACUUUCAUCCAUGUUCUCACAAAUGCCAGGAUUUCCUUCUUUUUUAAGGCUGAAUAGUAUUUUAGCAUGUGCAUAUACCUCAUUGUACAUGAUAAAAUACUAUAUAUGCUCUUUAUCUGUUUGUCUUUUGAUGUAUCCAUAGGGUGAUUCCCUGUCUUGGCUAUUGUCAGUAGUGCUGCAGUGAAUAUAGGAGUACAGAUCUCUCUUCAACAAACUGAUUUCAGAUCUGCAGAGUAAACAGCCAGAAGUGGGAUUGCUAAAUGUCCUCAUUCUUGAAAAGUUGUUGGUGUUGCUGGAUGCACAAACAUAAACUGAUAGUAAUUUCCUCAUAGAACUUUGAAGAUGUCGCGUGUUCCUGCGGCUUCUGUUCUUGUUUUUGAGGGGUUAACGGUUACUCGAUGGCUCACUGCUUAACUAUGACCACUUGGACUUCUUCUGUUUGCUUUUGAUGUUCUUAGCCUCUUUCAUGUCUCAUGCUGCUUCUUGAAUAUGAGAAGGAGGUAUUUCAUGUAGGAAGGAUUACUCGGCCACCCUCUCUUGAUCACCCCUCUCAGAUGCUAUACUACAUCUUCUCACUGUAUCUUCUAGGUUGUGUAGCCUUUUCUCCCCACAUUUUUCGUCUCUCACAUUUGAGAUAAUUUCUUUAUAUUUCUAGUUUCUUUUCCAUAUAGUAUAUCUAAUCUGCUCGUUAACCCAUAUAUUGAGUUUGUUUCUUCUUUUAUAUAUUAAACCUCAGGUUUACAAGUUUGGGUAAUCAUACUUCUUACACUCUUUAGUUCAUGGUAUACAAUUAUAGUUGGUCUAAGCAACACCCUUCUGGCUUUAUUUAUUCCAUUUUAUCAUACCUCCCUCAUCUCAGACAAGCAUUCUAAAGUGUUUAGUGUGUACCUUUUGAUGUGUAUACUUUUAUAUUUGUAAAUAUCUUGGGCAUAUUUUUAACUUACAUAAAUAUAUUCUCUAUAAAUCAUAUCCUUCUCAACUUUUGUAUAAAGGCUUGUGUUUUCAAAAAUAUAUUCACAUUUACUCUAUUGCAGUUAAGUGCACCAUAGCAUUCCAUAAUGUACACUCAUUGUGUUUCGCUUUGUUUCAUUUUGAUACUGGGGAUUGAACCCAAGUCUUGCCACUAAGCCACAUCCCCAGCCCUUUUUAUUUUUUGAGACAGGGUCUCACUAAGUUGCUGAGGCUGAUCAUGAACUCAAAAUAUUUCUGCUGCAGCCUCCCCCGAUUGCACUCACUAUAUUUUAAUGAUGUGUUCACUCAGUGAUUGAUCCUGUGUUCAGUGAGACAAUUAAUGUGGGAGAGAUGCCAAAGCAGAACUUCAAAACUCUCUCGCCCCAUCCUCCUACUAUGCCCAGCAACCCUCAGCUCUGGGCUUCUACAAACUCUUCUCCAACUGGCCCACCUCACACACACAUUUAGUCUGUGACAGUCUGCACUCUCCCCAAGACAUUCCAAAUUUGUUUGCUCUAUCCUUAGAUCCAUCUGUCCCUUCCCCAUCUGUGGGGUCUCCACGGUUGAUUUUGAGUCCAGUUGUAAACCUUUAAGUUCUCCAUUCCAUUGCCUUUACUAAGUUUAAUAGUUACAUUUUUCCAGUCUGAUAAUUCUCUUUUGUUCUUUAUUUCAUAAUACCUUGUUCUUUCAUCAUAUACUCAAUGCUCUUUCAUUUCUUUUAACUAUAUUAAGAAAACAUACUUUGUAUUCUGUAUCUAAUAUUGCCAAUUCAUUGGUGUUUUGUGUGUUUGAUUCUCUAGUUUAUUUUUCUUUAACUUACUUGGGAUAGCUUAAAUACCAAGCUCAUGUUCCUUGGAAUUUUAUCUCUGGAAAUGUUUAUUUUAAGACCCAAGUUUUUAAAGUUUAUUCCUCCAGAGAAAAUGUGUUAUUGCUUUUGUCCCAAUGCUGAUGUUACCAUCAAACUCAGAUCGAUUGAAAUUUUCAGCUUGAGAAUUUGGGAGGAGGCGAGGCAUGACACAGGUGUCGUGAAUUCUAGCCCUAAGUCAGGUAGAAUGUAACCCCAUGAUUAGGAAUAGACAGAAGAGACAUUUGCUUGUUCAUUUCACCCAGACACAAGGCUGAGACAGGCAAAUAUAUCCACAGUCUUGCUCUGAAAAGUAUUUUUCUGUUCACCUACUAAGUGUGUUGGCUCUGCAGAGUCUUGAAUUACACACACACGCACACACACACACACACACACACACACACACACACACUUGAGCCCAGCUCCAGCCCUGGACUUUAUCUCCUACCUGCCUCAAAGCAUAUUUCAUCCACUUUGUACUAUUGUACUAGAACAUCUAGUCCACCAUCUGUCCUGAAGUGGAAACCUUCAUAUUUUUUGUUUCCUGAAACUUCCAUAUUCUUAAAUUCAACUUAGUAGUAUACUUCCAUGAUGUUGUAGCAGAGUAAAUACAAAAAAAAAUUGCAUUCUAAUUUCUACUUAAUAUAUAGAAGUGUAUAAAGGAAUUUAGAAGUGCAUACAGGAAUUUAGAAUAGAAAGUAAAAAUCAAGAUGGCAGAGAAAAGAUUAUAUAAAAGGAAUGGACAGUAGAACCAAAACAAAGCAAGAGAGUCAUAUGAUAGAUUUAAAUCCGGUUACUAAAGUGAUUAUGAAUAGAAAAAAAAAGUCAUGAAGAAAUAAGCAAAAGACAUGGAUUCUAGUUGUGUCAUAAUUAGUUUGUUAUCGUCAACAAGUUACUUUGCCUCUCAUUACUUCAGUAUUCUCAUUAGCAAAAAAAAUAAUAAUUAGACCUUUUGACAUCUUGGUUUAAUUGCAACAAUUUAAGCAUAGUUAUAUGCAUGAACUUAUUUUGAAAAAUACAAUGCUAUAUACGAUUACAAACUUUAACAGAGAUACUUAAAAAUGUUGUGCCUUUUAAAAAUCAUUAUGGUAGAGGGAAUAAUUUUCUGGUCAUUAAUUAAUUCAUUAUUCAUCUAUUCAAUCAAGCAUUGGGCACUUCCUCUAUUCUAGAUAUGACACUAUGCAUUCAAUUAUCCAAUUGAUAUUGUGAUCCUAUGAACAAAACCAAAUGGCCAGUGAGGCUCCAAAAGGUUUUGAAAUUAUUUUAUAUAUUAUAAAAAUCCAUCUUUUUAUUUUUACAGCUUCACCUAAGUUUUAAAGGAAAUAAAUAAUAAUCAAGUUAUCAUUUUAUAUCACUGACCAAUAAUAAUGAAGCCGUCAUCUGGUUAGAGGAAGGUAAAUGCCUUGAAGGAUUUUUUUCUUAAAGCCAUUUAUCACUAACUCAGGAUUGCUGAUAGGGAAAGUAUGUGUGAACUUUGGUCUCCUUGGUUUUAUCUUCCCUGGCACAAUUCAUCCUAUCACAUCCAUUUUGUCAUUAAGUUUUGAGUCAUGUGUCUAAGGCAAAGGAACUUCCAUGCUCAAAAUUUACAUGAUUAUUUGUGCUUAUUUUAUUUAAAAAAUGAUUUUAGUAAUAUUUCCAUUAAGCAUCUUCUAAUUUAACAGUGGAGUCUUAAAACCCAUCAAAGACUAAAGCACAAAGUUUAUCAAGGUUUUUGAUCUCAGUAUGAAAGAAUGUCAAUAAUUAUUUAACUAAGGAUCUCAUGCCCUUAAAAUGUGCACUUUUUUAACCUGUUAAAUUUGCCAAACUAUUUUUUACUUGAACUGCAUUAUUAGGUAUUCAUAUUUACAUACUCAAUUAAGAAAAAGCAUGCUAAGAUUGCAUUCCCUAUAGCAUUAUUUUAAAUUAAAAUGAGCAGUCUCAUAAAACAGUAGUAUUUAUCUAAAGCAAUUAUUACUUACUCUACUGCAGAGUGUAAUUCUAAAUCAUUGAUCAUUGAGGUUUGAACAUUUUAGCUUAAACGUUUAUUUUGUUUAUAUUACCUUCUAGGGUAUGUUAAAUAUAAUUGGUGAAAAAAAACAAUUCAGCAGUCUUAAAUAGGUGAUAAUUUGGCCAUGGCUAUGUUUUUAAAUGUUUUUUAGAAAAGUGCUGUGAAUUAUAAAAAGCAAUAGUCCUGAUAUAUUUGUUUACUAUUAUCUUUUGAUUUUUAAAAUGGCAUAUGUGUGGAUCAUAGGAAAGUAAACUUAAAAUGUUAAGCAAGAAAUACAAUUAUUUUGCAAAUGUAAUAUUUAGUGUUCUUUUAUUUACAACAGAAAUUCAAUAAAUCAACUUUUGACUCACA